CGGCCCACGCAUUACUCACCAUCACUGGAAGGGUGUGUGCCCACCACUCUGGAUUUUCACUGUUUUUCUCGAAAUUUUCUGGUCAGAAAUCUCUACAUUCGCACAUAAUCACAAUUUUAGGCACUCCGGGACUAAAUGAGAUAAGUUUUUAUGAGUAAUAUCAGAAAUAAAAAAUUUCCUCUUUCCAAGCUGCCAUGGGAAGAUUCCAGUGAUGUUCAAGAUUGACAAUUGGAAAGGUGUUUACACGAAGCGAAAGAGUGUGUUUCGCAAUUCUCUUACAAAAUGACUGAUUUAGUGGAUAAAUCUGCUGUUAGGACUAGCGCAAACAAUGAAGACAAUUCUCCGCAAUCUGGAGAAUCACCACGCGAAGAAGUGCCAGAGGCACAACCCGUAGAAUCGAGUUCAGGCAAGAAAAGAAAACACAGCGACGACAGUGAACCCUCAAAAUUCUUGAAAGUCGAAGGGGAACAUACAAAAGUAGUGGCAAAGCACUACAAUACACUAGAAGAAAAGGGUCUCUCGGAGAGAAACAAGUCCCGGAUAUUUUAUUUGCGAAACUUCAACAACUGGAUCAAGAGUAUGCUCGUAAAUGAGUAUGUUCAGAAGGUUAAAGACAGUUUACAAGUUGGGGCGCCUCUUAGGGUCCUAGAUAUGUGUUGUGGCAAAGGUGGUGACCUCCUAAAAUGGCAAAAAGGUGGUAUCUCCCAUUUGAUCUGCACUGACAUCGCAGAGGUAAGCAUUGAGCAGUGCCAGGCGAGAUAUAAUGCUCUGAUAUCUCGAAGUAAGAGAUUUGCUCCGGAAUUCACGGCAGAGUUCUUUGCUUGUGAUUCCACGCUGAAUCGUCUUCGAGAACGCUACAGGGACGCCUCGAUAGAUCUCAACAUUGUCAGCUGCCAGUUCGCCUUUCACUACUGCUUUGAGUCACUGCCACAGGCUGAGUGCAUGAUUCGCAAUGCUUCCGAGUGCCUGAAGCCGGGCGGCUUCUUCAUCGGCACAAUUCCCGAUGCCAAUGAAAUAAUGCGGCGACAGAAGCUCUCGGAUUCCGAUACAUUCGGCAACGAUGUGUACAGCAUUACAUUUCAAUGCGACACCGAGAAACCGCCCCUGUUUGGGGCCAAGUACAAUUUUCAUCUCGAAGACGUUGUUGACUGUCCAGAAUUUCUCGUGCAUUUCCCGACACUCGUGAAGCUGGCGCGAAAUUUUGGCCUCGAAUUGGUGAUGAGAGAGCGAUUUGGAGACUUCUAUAAGCGUAUGAUUCCUCGAGGACGGGGAUUAAUAGAGAAAAUGCAAGCUCUCGAAACGUAUCCAGCUUUUAGGGAGGGAAACCUUAACAGUUCCACUCCUCAUGAUUACAGUCAUGCUCAGGACUUCAUGGACAGAGUAGCCACGCACGGCAGAGGUCCCAAGAAAAUUGGGACUCUUUCGAAAUCUGAAUGGGAGGCAGCUAGUCUCUAUUUGGUUUUUGCCUUCAGAAAGAUGAAGAAAGUAUGGAAUAAGGAGGGAAAACCGGAAUACAUCCAAUAAUCAUACAGUUUUUAGCAACCCUCUUCGGAUAUUGGGACCAAAAAUAAUUAUGCAUUUUAAAACCUGAUCACAAUCAAAUGUUGAAAUCAUUGAACAUUGAGUGAAAUUUUCACAUUCGGAUCAUUUUGUGAAUCUUGCAGUUUUCGUCUUCAAGUCCGAAGAGAGUCGAAAUCUUCGUUUGAGACAUUUUAAAUUUCUCGAUUCCUCUGGUGCAGAAUAAUCACGAUAUUGCAGCGUAAUAUAAUUGUAAAUAUAAAUUCAUUCGGAGUGAAUAAAAAGGUUGAUAUGUUUUCAGCAUAAUCUUUGAGUUCCUCAUUUGAGAACAAUAUCUGUGAUUUCAUGAAGAUCCUAAUUUCUCGCGAUUUCCAGUCCCCCAUUGGAAAGCUGCCGACUA